CCAAUCGGUUACAAGAAACGUUAAAGUUCCCCAAAGACGUAGUCUUCGACAUUAUAAAUAUAUCAAGUGGUGUGCAUGUGGCCCUUGUGAGAGUUUGAUCCGGAUGAAAUCGGCUUCUGGCGGACGAUCGCGCGCCGUGCGCGCUGCCUGAAGGUUGUCGUGUCGGUGUCGCUCCGCCCUUCAGCUCCUCUCGGGUCUUCUACGUCGGAAUGACACGCAGGUCGCGCGGCUGACGAUCGCGUGUCUGUGUCGGUGACAGUGACAGUGACAGCGCUCGGCAGGUAUCCUCUUUGGAAUUCCUUCUCCGACGAGCCGUUACGUCAGACGAGUGUGUUGCUCUCUGGAGGAUGAUGGAGGCGCAGUGACGUUCGACCGGCUGCCUCGCCGCUUCGAAAUGCGAAAGGCGUUUCUGAGACACGUCCGCCGGUUCCCGUGGGCCACCAACGUCACCCUGUACGGCUGCCUGUUCGCCGGCGGGGACCUGGUGCACCAGUGCCUCUCGCGGAGGGGCGACAUGGACUGGGGCCACACCAGGAGCGUCGCCGUGGUGGCGUUCGGUUUCCAUGGCAACUUCAGCUUCUUCUGGAUGCGCUUCCUGGAGCGGCGGUUCCCGGGCAACUCCGCCGGGAUGGUGCUGCGGAAGCUGCUGCUGGACCAGUCCGUGGCCGGGCCCGUGGCCACCAGUGUCUUCUACACAGGUGUCAGCUUCUUGGAAGGCAAAGAGGACAUCUUUGAGGACUGGAGGAAAAAAUUCCUGAACACUUACAAGACAGGCCUAAUGUUCUGGCCAUUCAUGCAGUUUCUGAACUUUGCCUUGGUGCCUCUGUACGUGCGGACCACGUUCACCGGCUGCUGUGCGUUCGUCUGGGCCAUCUUCCUGUGCUUCUCACAGCAGAGCGGCGACGGCACGGCCGGCGCUGCCCUGAAAUGGAUGUUCUCCAACAAAGAGGACGAGUCAGUAUCCGCAAAGGAGAAAGCGGUCGCUGAGGUCAAGGUAGAGGCUGUCAAAGAUCAAACAGUAGCGUCUAAAUCGACUGAGAACUGAAAAAGGCAGAACCGAUCAUUUGUUAUAGAGAGAGAGAGAGAGAGAAAAGAACAUAUGAAAACACUGGUACGAACAGGAUACAAACGGUCAGCUGUCCUGUCUUUGGUUCAUGUUGCACUGACAGUGGCAGGGUCUCUGGAGACAAACUGAAAAUGUGACACAAUGCUGUAAAGUGGUUUUUGGAAUGAAUGUAUAUUUUUCAAUAUAUUCACACAGCAUAUCCGCUCCAUGUGAAAGUCCCAUUCAACCCUACCCCUCCGUCACCAUGCUAUACUCCUUAUGGGGUUUUAAUUGUUGUUAUUUAAAAACUACUGAAAAUCCUAACGAGGACUCUGCACUGAUGUUAAAGUGUCAGGUUGACGUUCCAGAUUCCUCCGAUUUUCAACCUAAAUGAAAUAGCUGGAAUGUGCAUAGGAAAUAUGUCUUUUGUCCACUGCAGUAUGUGGAGAGGCAGCUAACACUUUAGCCUUUAGGUUCAUAAUACCUUGGGCAAAACUUGAAACAUUCAAAUAUCACUUUGACUGUUAUCUGGAUCUGUGACAGACGUGCCGGUCUGCUCUGGCUCCGGCUCAAACUCUGGCACGACAAGUGCCAGACACAGAGGCACACUGCACAACUAAUGUGUUCUCAUAUACAUAUUUUUAUGAAUAGGUAUUUUAUUCACAAGGACUAUGGUGUGCUGAGCAAACAGGAGGGGCAAAAUGAAAAAAAAAAACUAUUUAAAAAGUACUUAAACAUAUCAGAAAAUUCACAUUUGAUUUGCACAUUUUGAGCCAUUGUCCCUUCAGCACUAAACAUCGAUACUACUGAAUAUCUCUACGAGUUUGUGCGUGCACCUGCUGCAUGCCUAUUAUCGCACUUCAUGUUAAUGUAACACUGUGGAGGACUCUCCGUUGUCUCUCUUUGCACUGUUGCCCGAUUAUUAUUAUUAUAAUUUUUUUGAUACAGUUUGCUAUUCUAACCGUUUCUAACCAAGUUUAACCUCUUUGUGAACGUGUGAUGCUACAGGCUUCACUUGCCAGCAGUGACCCUUGAAAUGUAACAUCAGCUGCUUCCAUCGAAUAGUUUUCUAUAGAGGUCAUUCUUAUAAGUGGACUGCAGCUCAGUGUGAGAGAGUCUACACAUACAACGGAAAGGUUUAGGGAAAUCUUCUCUCCUCAGGUGAAUAACUGACUUUGUAACAUUCACAUUUUUGCAAUAUUUCAUUGUGUUACCGUGCAUUGCCAAAAUUCCUGAUGUAUCUAUUUCUGUUCUUCUGAUGUGACUCACAGAGAUUAAUUUAUACCGCGUUAAUAAUAACUCACAUCACGACUGCUGUUUGAUCCAUUUUGAAAGACUUUUAAAUUGAAUCCUCAAGUAUCGGGACUUAAUAUUACUGUAUGAUUGGAGUGUUUCUUAUUAAUGAAUUCCAGAUUGUUUGUGAACUGACAUGCUACACUGGAUCUGAAGAGUCUAAUCAACCAAUAUUCCCUUUGUUCAUAUCAGUAUCUGACAACUACUACAUGUAACAUAGACUCAACAAUUUGUUUAGUUUAGUUGUUUUUGACAGUUUUUGAUAUCACAAAAAAAUCUAUCAGCGUAAUGUAUUAAAAAAAAUUAUUUGAUCACAUUUUGCACGAAAUGCAGUUGCUACACUAUAACUGUAAAUGAACUGAACUGAGAAAAAAAAACGAUUUAUUGUUGAAUAAAUUAAACACUAAACA